UCCUCGGCACACGACCCUACUACGACUCGCGGGGCAACGCGCGCAGCAAUCCGCGGGUAACACACUCGUUUGCGAGUCGCUCAAAACGUAUUAUUUUCCACCGCUAUUAUUAUUAUUGUUAUUUCGUUUUUGGGCCAAUCGCCAGUGAACCGUGCGGGGUUUUAGUAAUUUUUUCAAAUAAUAAUUUCUCGCCGUGUCCUAAAUCCGCCGAAUAGGUAUUAUACGAUUAUAUAUAACGAGCAUCUGCCUACCUAAAACAUAACCACACAAUAUUGUAAUAUUUCCGUGGACGUUGCGAUAGGCUGGAUAAAAAAAUCGAUAACACUGUGCGACGUAACAUGGUGAGCAGUGGCUGCAGUGGUAGUGCCGGUGGCAACGGCAACGGUAACAACAACAACAACAACAACAACGACGACGUGGUCGACAUAAACGUCAACAACAACAACAACGACGGCAUGCACGACGGGUGUUCGGCCGAUUCGCUGGACGUGCACAGCUCCGAAGACCAACGGUACAAGCCGCUGUUGGAGGCCAUCAAGGCCGGCGACUACGACGGGUUCGAGUUCGCUGUGGACAAGUGCGGCGGCGAGGCGCUCAGCUUCCGCGACGAAUGGGGCUACACGCCUGCCCAUUGGGCCGCGCUCUACGGCAACGCCGAGGUGCUCAGGUACCUAGUGGCCAGGGGCGUGACCGUGGACAUGUCGUGCUACGGGAUCCAGGGCUCCAAGCCGGUGCACUGGGCAUGCCGCAAGGGUCACACCGCCGCCGUCCAAGUGCUGUUGCAGGCCGGAGUGAACCCAAACGUAUCGGACUUCAAAGGCCUCACACCCUUGAUGACUGCAAGCAUGUUUGGAAAAACGUCCACGGCUAGUUUCCUGUUGGGUAUGGGUGCUUUGCAUCACUUGACCGACAUUAAUGGCGACACGGCACUGCACUGGGCCUCGUACAAAGGUCACGCGGAACUGAUAAGGUUAUUGUUGUACUCCGGAGCCGACCUGACCAAAGCCGACAAUUUCGGGUCCACGCCGCUGCACUUGGCCGCCCUUUCCGGGAGUGCGAAAUGCGUUGAAAUACUUUGUCAGAACAGUCAAAUAUCGUUACAACCCAGGGACAAAAAUGGCAAAACCCCAUUGGGCUUGGCUGUGAACCACAGGUACGAGGACAUCGCCGGGCUGCUGAACAGAGAGAUCAAGAAGAGAAAGAAAUGGAUGGUGCCUCUCCACAAAGCGUUAAAUGCAAUUUUUGGAAGUUCGGCGUAUUCGAAAGGACCUCUGCUGCUAUUUCUAUGUUCUUUCUUGAUUUGGUGGUAUCCUCUUUAUAUAUACAGAGUAAUACCGGCUACGUGGAACUUAACAAGAGGUUGUCACUACACUUAUCUAGCCUGGAAUAUUUUUAUGUGGAUAUGUUGGCUUACUACGAAACAUUCAGAUCCCGGAUUCUUACCAAUCGAUUCGGGGAGUUACAUUCAAACCAUUAGACAAUUACCGUUUUAUCCGUGUGAUAUGGGUACCAAAAGAGAUAUUCUGUCAAGACUUUGUCAUACGUGUCGCUGCGUAAGACCUUUGCGAGCUAAACACUGCAGACUGUGCAACAGAUGCGUCCAACACUUUGACCACCACUGUCAAUUUGUUAUCAAUUGCAUCGGACUCGGCAACAGGUCGUGGUUCUUCUGGUUCGUCAUCAGUCUAGCAAUGAAUUGUUCGUACGUGAUUUACUUGGUGUGCUGCACGAUCAAUGUAGACGGGUUCAACGUUUUUUACGUCCUAGCGCUUUUGCAAGCGUUCGCUUUUGGUGUUCUGAGCUGGGCCCUGACUGCGACGAUUUGUAUCAACGCAUUGAUGAAUUUGACCAGAAACGAGAUGAUCAACCAUAAAAAGUACACGUACUUAAAAAACAGCAGAGGCAAAUACUACAACCCGUUCUCCAGAGGCAUCGUAAUCAACGUUUUGGAGUUCUUCGGGUGUACGCAAAACAGGACGAACUUCGAGGGUGAUAGAUAUAAUAGUUACGAUUGAGGAGUAGGGGUAACAAACUAUAAAAAGAGAAAAACGUAGAUGCACAAUGUACCUACGUAAACUGCCAUCACUUUAAAGUUGAUUACCGAUUCCUGGGUAAUCACGAAGAGACGAAUCAAAGUAUGUCUUCAUAAUAAUAUCAACAAGACCGGAUCAUUUUUAACAAUAUUAUUCUGCCUCUUAAAUUUCUGCACGUUUAUUUUUAUAUGACAAAAUUAUUUUAAUAAACCAUCUUUAAUCGCAAUGUUUCAAUAAUAUUUAAUUAGGUUCAAUUUAAAUGCGACUAUUUAUGCAGAUAAUUUUACUUCAGUAUGUUCGAAAUAAAGACUAGGUACCUAUAUAAUAUAUUAUUAUUGUUAUUCAAAUGUUUAUUUUGCUACGUCAGAUCAUUUAACGUGAAUAUUUUUCACACAAGUUUCGCAUAAAUAAUAAAACUAUAAGCGUCUCAAUCGCUCAUAGUAUCGUGAAGUCCUGGAAAAAAAAUUCUCGAAUACCGAUGAAAAGAUGGGGCAAUGAUAACGAUGAUGAUGAUGAUGAGUUUGAGCUAUGCCUAUACCUGUUUUACUUUUUCAAACCAAAAAUAGGAGACAGCCUGUUUGGUCAUUCAAACACCGUAAUAGACUCUUUGCUUACUUUCUACUGGGCAACAGCUGUUGUUCACAAUAAAAUAUAUUAUAGCCAUUUGCAUACAAUAAAACGUGCGUUCGCCGUAUGUAUAUAAACUCGCGUAUUUUUUUCCCAGCAUUUACGUUCAGGUACAAUAGGAAAAGGAAGAAAGAGAAAAACAUUUUUGCAAAACAAAACUCACUUCUUGUGCGAUCUGUAUUUAUAUUUUUUUAUCUAUAAAUAUUAAAUAUAUAAUAUUAUAUAAUAUAUUUAUUACUAUUAUUAUUAUUAUUUUUUUUAAAUAUUAUUAUCAUUAAUUAUUUUUAUGUUUUUUAUAUUAUAUAAAAAAAAUAAUCACAAACGCUGAUUUGUACGUAUUAUAUUAGUAACAUAUUAGUAUAAUUUAAUAAUUAUUUAAUUAAACGUAUAAAAUAAAUUAAUAUUUGCUCAACA